AUGAGCGGAGACGCCUUGCCCUUUGUUUUUGCUUGCCGCUUUCGGAAAGGUGCGACGAGACACGGCUGCUUUGUUUCCCCGCCGGCCUGGCGCAAGACCAAGGACUUUCCCCAACCAGCCAGCCUGGACUCAUUCACGGUUGACGUUACACAUGGAAACGUCGGCCAAGCACCGCCUGACAUGACAGGGCGAAGAAAACCAGGCGCCGGAAGUGGUAGGUUGCGGCAGUGUCGCAUGCGGGCAAAUGGGAUUGCCCACCUGCAUCAGAUGCGCCCCCAUGCUUUGACCAUGUCCCCGCAAACAGUUGGCCUAACGAGGUCGGAUCGAGGUCACGGCCGCGAUCAAGAGGCUCGAAUGUUGCCAGCGGCUUCUGAUGCCAUGCCAUGGUGGCGUGUGCUGUGCGGAGCGCUUGCUGCGGUUUCACGCCGUCUCGAGGGCAAGAGGGCCCGGUUCAUCGUUGUGGCCUUCUGGAAGACUGGGGCUCCGCAUCGAAUGCGCCGCCCUUUGUGGGGAUCACGCGGCGGGGCUGGCAGAAUGACGUAUGCGGAGCCCUCUGCGCAGGUACGCGCAUGUCGAUCGUUCCUGCAUACAACGGCACGGUAUCGAGAGAUUGUGGAUGAUGAACGGUAUCGAGAGAUUGUGGGUGAUGAACGGUAUCGAGAGGUUGUGGAUGAUGUGGAUACCUACCCUCCAUACGCUGUCGACGAGGAUGCUGGCAUGGCAUGGAACGAGGGUAGCGCAAAAGACGCGCAAAAGACGCGCAUACGUCAUGGAAUCGAAGCACGCAAGCAGCCCCUGAGGCUGAGCUGA